GACCAACGUUUGCUUUCAAACAUAUAAGUAAUUAACCGUACUGGUUUCUAAGUAAUGGAUUUUUUAAUACUAUAUUUUUCACAGGACAAAUGGCCCAGCAGUCCUCUGCAGGGAUCUUGUCCUGCUUUGCUUUUAUUUUCUUCAUCUGUCGUCAUUGGAAAGCCAAAAAGAAGUCCAAGAAAGACAAGAAGAAGAAAACAAGCAGACUAUCCCGAUGCUGUUGGUCAUCAGGAGAUGGAGCAGACAUCCUCAUCUUCACCACUAUUUCCCUUCCCUCAACCCCACCUCACCCAAACCCUGUCCCUAACUCCUCUUCCCACCCCAUCCCUUCUCCUGAACCUGCCCCCCUCCCUCCUUCCCCAACUCCCCCUUACCCCAACCCACUUAGCUCCUCUUCCCCACCAGCCUAUUCUCCUGACCUCAUUUGUUCCACGGUCCCUUCUCCUGACCUCACCCCUUCUCCUGACCAAACUCCUCCCAUCCUCUCUGCUGACGUCACUAUUUGCCCUGUCCCAUCUCCUGAUCUCACCUCUUCCCCAAUCCCUUCUCCUGACCACAUCCCUUGCCCUGUCCCUUCCCUUGACCUCACCCUUUUCCACUUCUCUUCUGAACUCACUCCUUCCCAUGUCCUUAUUCCUGACCUCACCCUUUGCCCUGUCCCUUCUCCUGAUAUCACACCUUCCCCUGUCCCUUCUCCUGAACUGACCCUUUCCCAUGUCCCUAUUCCUGACCUCACCAUUUCCCCUGUCCCUUCUCCUGACCUAGCCCCUUCUCUCAUUUCUAUUCCUGACACCUCUUCUCCUGAUCCCAUCCCUUUUUCUGCCCCUUCUCCUCACCUCAUCCCUUCCCCAAUACCUAUCCCUGACCUCACCCCUUCCCCUGUCCCUUCUCCUCACCUCGUCCCUUCCCCACUCCCUAUGCCUGAUAUCACCUCUUCCCCCAUCCCUUCUCCUGUCCUCACCCCUUCCCCUGUCCCUUCUGCUGACUUCACCCCUCCCUCCAUCCCUUUUGUCUCUCCUGGGCCAAUCCCUGACCUCUCCCACUCUGCUGAACCAGCUUCCUCUCCUCCUCACACCAGGAAGAAGACAUCACAGAAGAAACACAAGAAGAAGAAAAAGAACAAACAGUCAGCUACCACCCCUUCUCCUGACUCCACCUUUACCUUUACCCCAUUUCACAACCUUACCUCUUCCCAUACCCCUUCACCUGACCCCAACCUUUCUCCCAUCCCUUCUCCUGACCCCACUCCUUCUCCUGACCUUACCCCUUUCCAUAUCCCUUCUCCUGUCCCCACCCUUUCUCUUAAACCCACUUCUUCUCCUGACCUUACCCCUAUCCAUAUCCCUUCUCCUGUCCCCAUCCCUUCUCCUGUCUCCAUCCCUUAUCUUGAACCCACUCUUUCUCCUGACCUUACCCCUAUCCAUAUCCCUUCUCCUGUUCCCAUCCCUUCUCCCGUUUCCAUCCCUUCUCUUGAACCCACUCUUUCUCCUGACCUUACCCCUAUCCAUAUCCCUUCUCCUGUCCCCAUCCCUUCUCCGGUCCCCAUCCCUUCUCCUGGCCCCACUCCUUCUUUUGACCUCACCCCUUUCCAAAUCCCUUCUCCUGACCCCACUACUUCGCCUGACCUCACCCCUUUCCAAAUCCCUUCUCCUGACCCCACUACUUUGCCUGACCUCACCCCUUUCCAUAUCCCUUCUCCUGUCUCCAUCUCUUCUCUUGUCCCCACCCCAUUUCCUGACCUCACCCUAUCUCCUCACUCCACCCCUUCUCCUCAUUCCACCCCUCUUAGGCCCUCCACUUCCCCCACUACAACCCUUCCAGGAAUUAUAAGAACAUCAUCAGACACCACAACAAAGAUGUCAAAGAAGAAGAAACGAAAAAGGAAAAAGCAAAACACCACAUUCCACCCACAGGACAUUGAUCCCAGGCCAGAAGGAAAACGACCACAACAUUUUCCACUGAACUCUGUACAAGGAGAUUUUUCUCAAGGUAAGAUCCCGCAAACGCGCCAGUCCUCGUGUUUCCCAAAUACGCAGUGCUGCAGUAUCGCGUUUGUGGCAGCAUUACGCGCACGUCUUUUCCCCCCUGCGUUCUGGGACCGAGAGGCGGUCAAUCGUGCCGUUUUGAUGGGAGAUGAGAUUCAUACGCGACGCGUCAUGGAGCUUGGCCGCCAUCUCACAGGGGAGACGCGCCUCUGUUUCGAGGAAAUGGACAAUUUGCUUUGGAUUGAUAACACUUUCUUGAAGGUAAGCUUUAACAAUACAGUCUUUUAUGGCUCUUUUGGUAUGUCUCCAACAUUAGCACAAGAAUUUGGUACAGUAACUUUUGCUCAUGCCUUAAGUCUUUCUCUUUCAGAUCCAUUUCAUGCUGCACUUUUAACUGCUGGAAACCUCACCACCUCCAUUAUUCGUGGGGAAUCUGGUAUUUACUUUUUUGACAGCCACAGCAGGGACAAAGAUGGACAGGUUGCUGAAUGCGGGACAGCCAUUCUCGCACAUUUUAAGGAUAUCGCGCAUUUUUAUGACUACAUAACCCAAAAGGAAAGGGCUAGUACUAUCUACAACAUUGUUGGUUUUAAAGUAACAAUUGAUAAUUACUAAGGUAAUUUCUAGUAUUACAUUGAUUAAAUGCUUUAAAGCACUUGUAGAACAAAAACAUUAUUUUAAUCACUAUUUUCUUUGUAAAUUUCAGAUAAAUAUACGUUGAUUGAUGCCGAGAAGAGAGACUUUCUGCACAAACUUAUUAAUUUAAUUAAUGCUUAUUGCACAAAAUAAAAUUAUUUUUGACACAAGGUGUUUUGUUCUUUGUUUAUAUAUAUAAUGAAUUUAAUUCACUGU